AUUGGCAUGAAAAAUUGCCGAUUUUGCAAGAGCUCCGAGGAGAAAGCAGAGCCCUUUCAUUAGAACCAACAAAAGAUUAUCAAAGCCGCAGCAGCAGCAGUAUUUUCUCAACCGUUUUCCUCCCGAAGAAAAGUGCAUUGUUGUGAACAAUCGCUUGCUGGCAUUUCAUCGAACUGCGCAAACUGUGCGGCUCCGAAGCGAAUCAUUUGGCGUGACAAGGUGAUAACGAAAAAGUGCUUCAGUGUUUCUCACAGUGAUCAGGUGUUGAGCAGGAGAAAGGGUGGAUUUUUUUUCUCGUGAACCGUUUGCAGGAAAUUCGUCAAAAUUAGUGCAGAAUCGAGAGUGCGUAAAAUGUCCCUCAACACGGACUCGCCGGAUGCGAAAAAGCCCUGCAAGGGCAUCCUGAAGUCAUCCAGCAGCUUCGAUAAGCACACGCCUUCUGCUGCCGCGUCGAGUAGUCACCGGAAGAGCGCUAAAUUUGACGAGCUGAAUGUUCUGCAGACAUACCACCCGCCGGACAAGGACUACGGUCACAUGAAGGUGGACGAACCGAAGACGCCAUAUAAUUACGUGGAGCAUACGGAUGUCGAUCAGCUGGACGCCGAGUUGCUGGCGGAAAAGCUUCGAGUGGCGGCCCAUUCGCGUAGCGCCUCGGUGUCGGAAGAAGAUGAGGAAUCUCCCGAAGAGGAGGAAGAACUCACCGAGGAACAAAAGAAACAAAAGCUGGAAUUUGCCCGGCGCCGUAAAGCGCAUUACAAUGAAUUUGAAGCUGUCCGACUGGCAAGGAAACUGAUCGAGGAGGAAGAUGAAGACGAUGAGGAGGAUGGAGACGACGCCUCGAAUUCUCAGGGGGCGAAAAGUAGUAAAAGUAAGGACCUUCAACAAAUGGAUGUUGAGGAUCAGGAUGAGGUCGACCGGAAGAGCGCUGACGGAGCUAGCAGUCAGCAAGCAGCGAGUAUCCAAGCUAAAGAAGCCGACGAAGUUUAGGAUAUGAAAUUAUAUUGAAGCAGAGAAGAGCUAUGUUGCGGUUCCAUGUGGAAAAAAACUCAAUCUCACUCAUGAUGCGCUUGUUUGGCUUCGAAGCGUAUCGCAGAAUGCUGAUGUAUUUAUGUAUACAUUGUGAACACCUAUUAAUAAGUAUAUUUUGGAUGUGUUUUUUCUCGGAUAAACCACAAGCAUCCAAAAUGGUUUAAUCCUAGUCGUCUUAGUUACAAACAGAUUAUUUAUAAAUUACAAUUUUUCUUCGCACA